AUGUCACCUAGAGAGAAACUGGACCCGCUUCCUGACACCUUCAUCCUGCAGCCACCAGUCUUCCACCCGCCCUCUACUUCUGUGCUAUCUCUCUGGCCCCCCUGUUCUGUCUGCCCUUCUCCCCUGGUCCAGGUGGUUCCUUAUGUCACCACCAUUUUUGGUGGCCUGCGGGCUGGCAAAAUGGUCAUGCUACAGGGUGUAGUUCCCCGACGUGCCCACAGGUUCCACGUGGACUUCCAGUGCGGCUGCAGCCUGGAGCCGCGCCCCGACAUUGCUGUUCACUUCAACCCUCGCUUUCACACCACCCAGCCCCACGUCAUCUGCAACUCAUUGUACGGUGGCUGCUGGCAGAAGGAGAUCCGCUGGCCACACCUGGCUGUGAAGCGAGGGGACAGCUUCCUCCUCCUCUUUCUCUUUGGAAACGAGGGUGUAAAGGUGAGCGUGAAUGGCCGCCACUUCCUGCACUACAGUUAUCGCCUGCCACUCUCCAGGGUGGACACCCUGGGCAUCUUCGGGGACAUCUUGGUCAAGGCUGUCGGAUUCCUGAAUAUCAAUCCAUUUGUGGAGGGCGGCAGCGAGUAUCCAGUUGGACACCCUUUCCUGCUGGAGAGCGUUCGGCUGAAAGUUCCCUGCUCUCGUGCCCUGCCUCGGGGUCUCCUGCCAGGGCAAGUCAUCAUAGUCCGGGGACUGGUUCUACAAGAGCCCAAGGACUUCACUCUGAGCCUACUGGAUGAAGCCGCCCGUGUUCCCCUGGCACUCCGAGCCUCCUUCGCAGACAAAACUCUGGCCUGGAUCUCACCCUGGGGCAGCAAGACGCUCAUCUCAGCCCCUUUCCUCUUCUACCCUCAGCGGUUCUUUGAGGUGCUGCUUCAGUGCCAGGAAGGUGGGCUGAUGCUGGCUCUCAACGGACAGGGCCUGGGUGCCACCAGCCUGGAUCCACAGGUCCUGGAACAGCUGAGGGUGUUUCGCAUCAGUGGCAGUGUCCACCUCUACUGCGUCCACUGUUGA